CCCAAUCGUUAUACGACAGUAAGGUACUUAAGCGCACAAAAGGUGGCUUUGYAUCACUAUUUAUCCGCAGUUUGAGCAAGAAAGCCGGAAAGAAAAAGAUGGCUCAUAGUCUGCACAGUCUUGUAGUUGUCUUAACUGUUACGAGACUGGUCGAUUGUAUCAACUAUCAACAGCUAUUAUUACGAGACUUGUUCCGCAAUUACGAUAGUGACGCCAAUCCAGGGGGAACCGGAAAUGAAUUAAGUGCAAAAGGAGCAUCCGUUACGUUUGCAGCAAAGCUCGUUAGGGUGAUUGAACUGAACGAAAGAGCCAAUACCAUACAGACACAAUGGUGGAUCCAGCAGAAAUGGAUUAACAAAGACCUUUCAUGGAACAAGACCAAAUAUGGAAAUGUGACAGUGGUGUACGUGGACCCGAAAAGGGUCUGGACACCAGAUAUCCUUCUCCACAACAGCGUUCGAUUGUUCGACAGUGCGGCGGACGACGAUCGCCUUAGCGGUAGCACCGAUAAAUACAAGACAAAGAUUGGGAUUUACCCUGAUGGACAACAUUACUGGCUGGCUCCAGCUAUGUUUAAGAGCGUCUGUGACGUCAAUACAAGGUUUUUCCCGUUCGACGAUCAGACGUGUACCCUACAGUUUGGAUCCUGGGCGUUCGACAGUUCCAAGUUGGACAUGAUUUUUGACCGGAAUGAGAGCGGAACCAGCCCUUACCAAAUGAACACAGAAUGGGAGCUAUUGGCUUUUGAUGCUACAUUGAAAUAUACAAAAUACUCUUGCUGCCAAUAUCCUUACACAAGCGUGCUUCUUGAAGUCAAACUAAGACGUCGGUUCUAUUACUAUAUGGUCAACCUUGUCGUGCCUUGCUCCCUGAUCGCCAUCAUGGUACUUUUGUCCUUUGUACUACCUCCAGAGGCUGGCGAGAGGAUUAGUCUUGGAAUUACCGUUCUCAUGGCAAUGGCUAUAUUCCAGGAACUGACGUCAGAGAAACUGCCCGUUGAGUCAACCCACACACCAUUACUAGCCCAAUACUAUUCCAGUGCAAUAGCAGAAAUCGGCCUCGCUAUUUUUGCYACUUCAAUUAUCCUCAACUUUCAUUAUCGCAAGAACAAGAUGCCAAAUUACCUUCGAAAGCUGAUCUUCUCGUUCGCUGGCCCAAUCGUUGGCAUGAAAAAGUAUAAGGAUUUAGCAAGAUCGGAGAAACUUCUGCGAAGAGGUCAAGAGCGAGCAAAUGGAACGUCAAACGACAACGAACACUUCAAGAAAGGAAACAAUUGUGAGUUAAAGUCAUUGAGCCUUCUACAAAACGAUUUGAUUGCCUGUGAGAAAGAGCCAAGAAAUGAGUUCCAACGCGGUAAAAAUCACAGCAGCAUCCGGGAAACUCACAUUCUUGAAGACAGUGAAGAUAACAGCGCUGACCAGGAAGACAAAGGUGAUAAUGUCGAGAAGGAACUCGCGGACAUCUACGCUAAAGAAUGGCAGGAAGCGGCCCGAAUCCUUGAUCGACUAGUUCUUCUCGUUGCCAUUGUUGUGUGCAUCUGUACUUUUGCUGCUAUUUUUAUUCAAGCGCCAAGAGUUCAAGAACAUCUUUUUGGGGAUCCCGCUAUCACGGAGGAGCAGAGAUUACUCCUCAGAAGAAAAUGAACAACACUUUCCUGGACAAAAUAAUUGACUUUUUGCGAGUUUAAAUUACCGCUUUGUUCCUUUAGCAAGGACUCAUUUACUCUGGGUUGGCCUCGAAUCAGUGCCUAAAUAUACACUAAUACCAACGAUAAAAUAAAGAAUGCACAACUAACAUUACGCGGAAUACUUCGAAAUUCAACGAACGUUYACUGGAGCACAUAAAUAUGCUGCACAAAAUUGAGGCUAACCCUAAGCAACAGAGAAAUCGAAACUGGAGUAUUCGUUUAUCAGCAAUUGUUAUGUAGUCAUGAACGGACCUUCGAGAUAACAAUAAUAAUUAAUAAUAACAGCAUUUAUAUCAUUAACACAUCGUUGCAUUACAAAUAAAUUAAUUACGAUGUGUUUACUAGAUAAUAAUAAACGAAAAAUAACGAAA